UACUCCAGAGACUAUCAAGUGUUACCUGGUCUCUGGUUCUCCGUUUAUUGAACUAAACACGCUUCGUUGAAGUAAAACAACCCGUCUGUAUUGUCUAUAGAUGACCGUUGUUUUGUUAACCGAAUCAAACAUUUACACCAUAAAACUCCUUAAUAUUAAUAAUGCGGCCAUGCAAUUCCAAGCAUUUGAAUUAAGUCAGAUUACGAGUAGCCUAUCCUUUCUGGUCAUGCACGGUAAAUUUUUGACAGCAGCAUUUUUACCGUGACAACAACCCAGCGAUCACUGUUCCGUGUCAGGAACGAGGAAGUAGGCAGAGCUCGCCCGAAACCGACGGUGCGACCGUCCGAAAAUCACAUUCAAGUAGUUUGCUUUAUGGAGCGAUGGUACGAACGCUUACUGAAAAGUGCCAGAGCGAGUGCCCAUGAUGAGACAUGCCCACGGAAACCUGGGUGUGCCGUAGGGCGACCUCUGGCCUGCAGCCGGGGCGGGUAUGAGGUAUGAGUGCUUGUCGGCUGCUCCAGCAGCAGAGGGUGGGCCUGCUUCAGGUGCUGUGCUCCAGCGGCACUGCCGAGAUCCUGGAGAGCGUGCUGGACCGGCUCCUGGCCUGGGACGUGCUGCAGUGGGAGGACUACCAGACCCUGUGCCCGCCUGGCCGGCCACUGUGUGCCAACGCCAGGGAGCUGCUGAAUGUGGUGGCCAGCAAAGGCGAGGAGACAUGUGGGCUCCUGCUGGUGGCCCUUGAUCAGGUCCUCCCCGGGGCUCAGAAAGUGAGCCUGUCCUUGGGGGAGAGCGGCGGUGAUCCUCUCCUAUCUGACAGACCUAGCCCCUCCACAGCCACCCAAAUGCUGCGGAGUGAGCGGCCAUGCCUCGUGGCCCAGCUGCGGUCCUGCAUUGGAGCAGCGCUCAGGGCCCUAGUGGCGUCUGGCAACCUGACGACCUACGACUGCGACGAAGUGCAGUUGCCCAUCAACACCCCUGCACAGCAGGCGAGGCGACUUCUGGACCUGGUGGCUUCGAAGGGCGAAUGUGCGGCAAAAGGUCUGCUGCAGUUCAUUGAACGGAUGGAAAAACCACUAAGGUGGCAGGACUCGGGGCAGACCUUCCCUGCGGAACUUCUACAAUACCAGAAAAAGCUGAGGAGCUCUGUUGCUGCGCAGUCUCACUUCCUGAACACCUACGGAGGCACAGGCAGCCUGUCCCUGGACGACGUCUACACGGAGGGCCUGCUGGAGGUGUCCCAGGGCGGUGAGGAGGCUCAGCGGCCCAUUGGGCUGGAGGACAUCUUGGGCCAGGUGGGAACACUCAACAAGGAUGCUGACACGGUACUGGUACUGGGAGAGGCGGGCAGUGGGAAGACCACGCUGCUGCAGAGACUGCACCUGCUAUGGGCCAGGGAAGUGACACUGGAGAACUGGAUCCUCCUGUUUCCCUUCAGCUGCCGUCGGCUGAGUGCGGAGGAGCAGGAGCUGUCCGUCCGGGACCUCCUCUUUUCGCAUUGCUGCUGGCCCGACCGGGACCUGGAGCCGCUUUUCCAGUUCAUCCUGGACCACCCGGAUCGGGUGCUCUUCACAUUUGAUGGGCUGGACGAGUUUCGCCUGCGCUUCUCAGAUGAGAAACGCGUCUGUUGCCCCACACAGAGGGCCUCUGUCGCCGCCCUGCUGUUUAGCCUCCUGCAGGGCUGCCUAAUGCAGGGCGUGCAGAAGGUGGUGACUAGCCGGCCGGAGGCCUUCGACGCCUCGCUUAGGACGUAUAUCCGCAAGGAGGUCACACUUAAGGGUUUCUCCCCCGAAAGCAUCGACUGCUUCUUGCGGAAGCAGCACCACGAUCCUGGUCUGACCAGCCAUGUCCUCCAGUCUCUCCACAGCAACACAGCGCUCUUUAGCCUCUGCCACGUCCCGGUCCUCUGUUGGAUCGUCUCACAGUGCUACAGGGAGCUGCUAGGCAGCGAGGGCAGCCAUUUGCAAACCUUCACCGACGUCUACAUCAUGAUCCUGCAGCACUUCCUGCAGCGGCGUUGCCCUCUGCGCCUUCCCCUGGCGAGCGGCUGGGCUGGCACAUAUGCGGACAUGGUGCUGCGUCUGGGCCGCCUGGCCCUGCGGGGCCUUGAGACGGCCCGUUACGUCUUUUCGGAGGAGGAGCUACGGAGAUAUGGAGUGACGGACAACGAUGUGGCCACGGGCUUCCUGAUCCGCAGCGACAGCUUCUGCACCCUGGCGAAACACUACGAGUUCCUACAUGUCACCAUGCAGUGCUUCUUCGCCGCUCUCUUCGUCAUCCUCGGGGACGAUGUUGACAGCUCAGCUGUCUUUAAGCUCUUUUGCCCCUGGGGCAAACGGAGACCCUCACUGGCUGGUGUCUGCUCCAUGCCGUGUUUGCCCCAUCAGGACCCUGAACUCACAGGACACACAUCAGAAGCUGAGCGCCCCAAUUUACAGAUAAUGGCUACCUUUGUGUCCGGACUGCUGUCACAGCGACACCGUGGCCUCCUCAUGCAGUCGUGUCCAGCAUCCGUCCUGGACAGAAAGCAUCAGCAGGUGGUGAGAGGUCUUUCCCAGGGCCUCCAGAGGCACUUCCGCUCCAUCCCGCGGCCAGUGCAGGGUGAGAAGAAGAGCAUGCACGCCAUGCCCGAGUUUGUCUGGCUGAUAAAGUGCAUCUACGAGAUGCAGGAUGGCGCCAUGGCCCGGCGCGCUGUGGUCAAGCUCAAGGUGGAGCAUCUCAAGUUGACCUACUGCAACAUUGGACCUGUGGAGUGCAGCGCCCUGGCUUACGUGCUGCAGCACCUCCGCAGCCCCGUGGGCCUGCAGCUUGACUACAACUGCGUGGGGGAUGUGGGUGUGGAGCAGCUGCUGCCGUGUAUAAGGGUCUGCCACUCACUCUAUCUCAGGAACAACAAUGUAUCGGAUGAAGGAAUUCGGAAACUCACAGAGAAAGCUGUUCAUUUUGAGAACUUCCGGAAGAUUGCACUCUUCAACAACAAGCUAACUGAUGCCUGCAUGGUGCACUUUGCUGAACUUCUCAAAGCAAAGCAGAAUUUUUUGGCAUUAAGGCUGGGAAACAAUUACAUCACAGCGGUGGGAGCGGAGCUUCUAGCAGAAGGACUCAAAGAAAACUCCUCUCUGAAAUAUCUUGGAUUGUGGGGGAACAAAAUCAAAGAUAGGGGGGCUGAAGCACUGGCCGAAGCACUGCAGAGCAACUGCCAUCUGGUGUGGCUCAGCCUGGUAGACAACGGUGUGGGCAGCGCUGGGGCACGAGCUCUGGCACAACUGAUCAAGACAAGCCAGAGUCUGGAGGAGCUGUGGUUAAGCAAGAACUGCAUCACCAGGGAGGGUAUUGAGUGCCUACUGGAAGCACUGCAAACAAACACCAGUGUCAAGGCAGUCUGGCUGAAGGGCAAUGAUCUCAGUCCAGAAGAGGUGGAGGAGCUGAAACAAAGAGACCAGCGACUUACUUUCUGAAGAGAAUUUUUAAUUGAGGUCACCUCUUACUGUCAGAAACGGGCUGUUACUUCACCACUCUUCCACAUACCUCACACAUUCACCUAUUAAAACACACAAUUUUGUAUCUCAUGUGUACAUAAUUUGUUUUUGUGGCUUUGUUUAAGGAUCAAAAUGUGGAAUUAUAACAUAAAGGUUUUUGGUCUGAAUCAUACCAGGAUGUACUGAGUAUGUCUGAGAGACAGUUUUGAAAAUGUUGACAAAACCAUGGUUAUCGAUUCAGUCAUUUUCAUGCCUUGUAGCAGUUCUGUAAAAACAUUUUCUCUCCACUAUUUUUGAGAGCGAGAACACAGUAAUUAGUGUGUCUAUAAACUGGACUAUUAUGCUGUACGUGCUGUCUUUUAGAAGAUAUACAUUUUUUGGGCAUAGUAUGUGAAGAACUCCUUUCAAACAUUGUUAUGGUUCAUGGGUGUCACAUGACCCGAAGGAACUCAGAACUCGGCUCAAACCAAAACUUAAUACAGCUUGCAUUUUACUUUAGUCAAUAAGUUAAAUGUUUUUUUUUUUAUUUAAUCUGAUAUGUAGUUGCAAACUGAUUGUCUUUUUGCAUAUUUUGGAGUUUUGUUUGGUUUUAUAUUUGGCAUUUUAUUUGAAUUACCAGUGUGGAGUAGAACGAAAUUUUAAUAAUCUGUGUUACGUAUGGUUCUGAUUUAUUUUUCUGUAUCAAGCUGUGCUAUCAUGAUACAAGUGUGCAUGAAAGCAAACCUGCUAAUAAAAUGCAAACUUUCA